AUGAAGUUGUUUUUUUAUUUUUUAUUAUUACUUGGGGUUUGGGCAAGUGAUUCAAAUAGAGAUUUGAAUCAUUAUGAGAAAGGUAAGGCUCACGAGGAUUAUUUAAGUCCAUUAAACUUACGAUCUAUAAGUGAUUAUUCGCUAUCGGAUAACCUUCUUAUAAGCGAUAUAGAUGGAAAUUUGCAUAGUAUAGACAGGCAUUCUGGAAGUUUAAUUUGGACGCUAAAUAGCGAUCCUUUAGUAACUAUAGUGAAUAACUCCAGUGAAAAUUCCAACGUCGUUUGGUUUGUUGAACCUUAUGAAGAUGGUUCAUUGUAUUAUUUCACCAACGAAUAUGGUUUGAAUAAACUUCCUACUUCCAUCAAAGAGUUGGUGCUACAAAGUCCAUUUUCUUUAGAUGGAGAUAAUAACAUUUACACCGGAACCCGAAAAACCCAACUUUUCACCAUUGAUAUUAACACCGGGGAGAUCUUGAAGUCUUUUGGUGGUGACAAAUGUUUGAAUUUCGAUAACAAUGGCGAUAAGAAAGAUCAGAUCAUGAUAGGUAAGACUACCUAUGAAUUAACCAUCCAUUCCAAAAUCAAUUCCAAUAUAAUAUGGUAUGUUACUUAUAGCCAGUGGGGGCCUAAUAAUAUUGAUAACGAUUUAAUAAUUCAGAACAAGAAAUCAAUAGAUGAAUUGUAUUUCACUCCAUUUCAUGAUAAAUCACUUCUAGGAAUAAAUCAAAACCUAGGAACUCCUGUUUGGAUAACAAAAUUACCAUCUUUGGCUAUUAACGUGUUUGAUAUCUUUAGUGAUUCGGAGAGAACUUCCCAACAUUUGAUACCCCAUCCUUUGAAAGUGUUAAACGACCUUCAAAUGACAGAAGAUAGUCAAAAUCUUUGUUUCAUCAACCAUACCAAUAAUCAAUGGUAUGCUAUGAGUUUCAACAACUAUCCUACAUUGAUUAAGUCCGCUCCUAUUUCCGAAUACCAGAAGGCUGUCUAUGACUUUGAAUUCACUCAAAACCCUUCGGCAUUAGCUGAAUUGGAAAAGAAAGGUAUUGAUUACAUAAGCGGGAUUCAUAAAUAUCAUAGUCUUGGACCUGAAACCAACUAUCAUCCUGUUUCGAAAUUUAGACCUCAAGAAAUCGAUCAAGGUAUUGAAGAACAUUCGGGCAAUUAUGAUCUUAUAAUCCCUGAUCAAACAGUACCUAACAUCAUUCAAGGUAUCAAGUUCGGUACUUCUGACAAUCAAUUGAUACCAACAUCACCUCAAGAAGCAGACAAAAUGUUUGAAACUUAUCUUCCUGAUAUUUACCCCAAACGAGAAAUCACCACAUUUUCAGUGGUGAAGAGAAUAUGUGAAGAUAUGAUAGUGUUGUUAUUCUUAUUGGCAUUAUUUGUGUCAAUAUCUAAAUUUGGCGCAUUCACCAGACAAUUUAGAAGGAAAGAAGAAAGAGUUGAAGAAGGGGAAGAAAAGAAGAAAGUGAGUUUCGAUGUUAAAAUCACUGAUAAGAAUGACACUAAGAACGAGGAGAAAAUUGAAGAUGGCGAGGAUGUUGAAGACAAAGAAGAAAAAGAAAAGAAAAAGAGGAAAAGAGGAGCUAGAGGUGGUAAAAGAUCCAAAAGAAAACCAACACCCUCAAGUGACGGCGAGGAAGAAGAAGAAGAAACUAUUAUUCCUACAACUUCUUUGGUCAAGCAAAUUGUAGGAAAGCAACAGAUCAAGAAACUUCAAAUAGAGAAUAAUCUUGUGAUCUCGAAUAAAAUCCUAGGCUAUGGAUCUCAUGGUACUGUGGUUUAUCAAGGAACGUUUGAAAACCGUCCAGUAGCUGUCAAGAGAAUGUUACUUGAUUUUUAUGAUGUUGCUAACCAUGAAGUGUCUUUAUUACAACAAUCUGAUGACCAUCCAAAUGUUGUGAGAUAUUUCUGUUCCCAAACUUCAAUGUCAGAGAAAUUUCUUUACAUAGCCUUGGAGUUAUGUCAAGGAUCUCUUGAGGAUUUGAUUGAAAAACAAUUAAAGAUUUCUCAAAAGAUUGAAGCUAAUGACUUACUUUACCAAUUAACUCAUGGAUUACAUUAUUUGCAUAAUUUGAAGAUUGUUCACAGAGACUUGAAACCUCAAAACAUUCUUAUUGGUGAUAAUUUGAAAGAAAUUCGAUUAUUGAUCAGUGAUUUUGGAUUAUGUAAAAAAUUAGAUAAUGAUCAAAGUUCAUUCCGAGCCACUCAUCAGAAUGAAGCUAGUGGAACCAGUGGUUGGAGAGCUCCUGAAUUGUUAUUGAAUAAUGAUAUUUCAGAGAUUUCUCCUUCAGCCAUUGCUUCCAGUAAACGUUUAACCAAAGCCAUUGAUAUUUUCUCCUUAGGUUGUAUAUUCUUUUACAUUCUUACAGGAGGUUAUCAUCCAUUUGGUGAUAGAUAUUUAAGAGAAGGACACAUCAUAAAAGGAGACUUUGAUUUAAGUUUAUUGAAUAAAUUACCUGAUAAAUACGAACUGAAGGAUUUGAUUAGUCAGAUGAUAAAUUUUAAUCCUUCUUUAAGACCUAAUACUUUCGCCAUUUUGAAACAUCCAUUAUUCUGGUCAAAGGGAAAGAAGUUAGAGUUCUUAUUGAAGGUUAGUGAUAGAUUUGAAAUUGAAAGAAGAGAUCCACCAAGUGAACUUUUAUUGAGAUUAGAAGCUGUGGCUAAAAACGUCACUAAAAACUGGCAUGACAAGUUCGAUGAAGAGUUCUUAUCAAAUCUCGGGAAAUAUAGAAAAUACCAAUCCGAUAAAUUGAUGGAUUUACUUCGUGCUUUAAGAAAUAAGUAUCAUCAUUUCAAUGAUAUGCCUACGGAAUUACAAUUGAAAAUGAGUCCAUUACCUAAUGGGUUUUACGAUUAUUUCAAUAAGAAAUUCCCAAAUUUGUUGAUGGAAGUUUAUUAUGUGGUGGAAGAAUUGAAAGGUGAACAUAUUUUUGAAGAGUAUUAUUAA